AGUAAAAGGGUGAGUGAACCGCCUCAUUGUGUUAUUUAUUGCAUUUGACUCUAAUAAUACAUUAAUUAGCCGUUUUACGGUCACAUCAAGUGUAAUAAAACAUAGGCCGCGACAGCCAUGCAGAUGUGAGUAAUACAAGUGUGGUGAUUCUGGGGCGUUGUUUUCUAGUGCCGUGACAUUGUGUGAAAAAAUAUUUUGUAUAUCUCGCAAGAUGACCGAGUACAAAUUGGUGGUUGUGGGUGCGGGAGGCGUUGGUAAAUCCGCAUUGACUAUACAGCUGAUACAGAAUCACUUCGUGGACGAAUACGAUCCCACGAUAGAGGAUUCGUACCGUAAACAAGUCGUGAUCGACGGUGAGACGUGUUUACUCGACAUCCUGGACACGGCUGGCCAGGAAGAGUAUUCGGCGAUGAGAGACCAAUACAUGCGGACCGGGGAAGGAUUCUUGCUGGUAUUCGCCGUCAACAGUGCUAAAAGUUUCGAAGACAUUGGCUCGUAUCGCGAGCAGAUCAAGCGAGUGAAGGACGCGGAAGAGGUGCCCAUGGUACUUGUGGGCAACAAGUGCGACCUACAGUCGUGGGCCGUAGACAUGGCGCGAGCACGAGAGGUGGCGCAAAGCUAUAAUGUUCCGUUCGUCGAAACAUCGGCCAAAACACGCAUGGGAGUUGACGACGCUUUCUACACGCUCGUGAGGGAGAUACGCAAAGAUAAAGUCAGCCGAGACAAGAAAUUCAAAGGGAAGAAACCACGUCACGUUCACAAAAUAAUUAAAGAUUGCACCCUUUUUUAAGCUGAAAAGAGCUGCAGUUUCGGAAUUACACGCUUGUCUUUCGCCUCCACCGCCCAUAUAGUAUUACAGACCUCAUAAAAGAAGCAAGGCAGAGAUUAAAUUUGUAGUUUUUGCAUGCAUUGUAUCGUGAACCAUUAAUUUGGCGGUAAAAAAACCGGUUGUGUCACCUUUCGAAAACAGUACCAUAGAUUAUAUUACACGCAAACGGAUAUGUUGCCAAUUGUGCGGGUGUGUGUGUGCGUUAGCAUCUCGAACUCUGAUUUGUCCGUAAAAAAAUGAUUUUACUGUAGACUGUAGAUCACGAAAGAACAUCCUAAGAAUCUUAAUUAAUACAAAUACAAAUUGCGUGUCUACGUGUUUAUAUGUGUGGAUACGGCCGUCUGGCAAGCGUGUAAACCCGGCAUACGUCACCGUUCACUCGGCAUCGUCUGUAGCGAGCGAAUAAUAUAUUUCAAUUUACAAAAACCUUGGUCUUACGAGAUUUUAUAUCCAUUCUUCAUAAAGGGACUGGUUGUUUGUUGCAAAGUCAAUUUCGUUUUACAAAGAAAAUAUUAGUGUAGAAGAGGCAAUAAAUAUAAUAACUAAAAAAAUCGAAAUUCCUUUCCGAAGCAUUUUGGCCUAAAGAUAACAUCGUUUUGCCA